CCUAAUUCAAGGCAGACGUUACUCUGGGAGACGUCAACUACUUCGAAGGUUAUUCUAUUAAUCUUCAAAGAAGAACUUUAAUAAGCAGAACAGUUUUCUGCUAUUGUGUUCUCACAUUUGCUUGCCUCCCACCCCACCCUGCCCACCUCCGUGUGCAUAUAUGAAAUGGUAUCUUCAUUGGAUAGAUUUAAAUUCUUACACAGCGAUGUAUUCCGUGGACGUGUUGCCUUAAUAUCUCUUGUUCUUCAAAAUGCUGCUGUUGUACUUGUCACUCGAUAUUCACGUGCAAGACAAGGUGAUAUGUACUAUUCGACAACAGCUGUUGUCAUGAGUGAAUUAGUUAAACUACUCGUAUGUUUCUUUCUUGUCUACAUGGAGGCGAAUUAUUCAUUUACUGCAUUCAUAAAUAAUCUGAAAGAGAAUAUAUGGAAAGAUCCAUGGGAUUGUGUAUUAAUAUCAGUUCCUGGAUUGGUGUAUACAAUUCAAAAUAACUUGUUAUUUGUUGGUUAUUCGAAUUUGGAUGCUGUUUCAUUUCAGAUAUUGUAUCAGCUGAAGAUUUUCACCACAGCGAUAUUCUUCAGAAUUCUCCUGUCGAAACACCUAAGUCGUGUACAAUGGAUUUCAUUGGGCAUCCUAUUCACCGGUGUAGUAUUAACACAAUUAAAUGAUAUCAUGAAAUCGGAUACCACGAUGAAUUCUACCGGCAAUGGCACUUCCAAUAAUAGUAAUAAUAGUAGUAUUAAUAAUAAUACUAAUGGUAAUAAAAAUCUACUCGUCGGUUUAUCCUCCGUUGUGUUAGCAUGCAGUUGUUCUGGUUUUGCUGGAGUAUUUUUUGAAAAACUCUUGAAAAGUAGUCAUAAAAGUGUAGCUAUACGUAAUAUUCAGCUGGCAUUUUAUGGUGUUACUGUAGGCAUUGUGACAGUUUAUCUUAAAGAUGGACAGGCUAUACAUAAGAAUGGAUUUUUUUUCGGUUAUGAUUCUAUUGUAUGGUUAGCUAUUUUAAUCCAAUCAUUAGGCGGGUUGUUGAUUGCAGCGACAAUACGCUAUGCAGAUAAUAUACGUAAAGGAUUUGCUACCUCAUUGGCUAUUGUACUCACUUUCGUCUUGUCAAUAUUUUGGUUUAAUUUUCAACCGACAAUUUUAUUCUUUAUUGGUGCUGUUUUGGUGAUGAUAGCGACUGUUUUAUAUUCUGCUUAUCCACCUGCUACUACUGAUACUACUAAUAAGUUUGUCAGUAGUAGUGAUAAUAAGUAUUUUGUAAAUUCACUUUUCAAUACGAAAUCGCAAUUGAAUAAGGAUUUUUCGCAUAAAUUAUCUAUUUGAUGAAUUGUACUCAUUUCCCUCCCUCCCUCUUUCUGUCUCUCCCUCCUUCUUUUUCUAUUGUGAUAUUGUUCUUUGUUUUUAAAAUAAAUUGUGAUAAUUUUCUAUUCCCGACCCCCGCCAGCGGCCCCUUCGGCCCGCCGCGCCUUCCCUCUAUUUUCUUCGCCUCAUUGUUUCACUGACUCAGAUAUCUGCUGUCGUCAGGGAUGACAGGCGGUGAUUUAAAAGAAAGAAAAGAAAAGAAAAAUUUUACUUUUGUAUGUUUAUUAUUUGCUAUUUUGUCUUCUUUAUGGUGUCAGUUUUUAUAGACGAAAACGGAUAGUGAUAAUGAUAAUAAUAAUAAAUUUUAGUGCCUUUUGUAU